UCUCUCUAUAUUAAAACCCCUCCCGCUUCGACUCGCCAACGCAUUUUCGCCACCCUCUUCCUUCCCUUUCUCUCCCAAGAAAGGUCGACCGUCCCUACAAAGAUCCAGCAGAAACCAGAAACCACUCGACAUACCAUGCCGAGGAAAGGGAUGAGGAGCAUCUGCUUCAAUCCCAGAACCUCCUCCUUCGCCUUACCCGCGCGGCGCGCCUUGCCCGGGCCGGCCGCCGCCGAGGCCGACAAGGUCAUCGAGUCCGCGGCCCUCCUCAUCAUGAAGUGGAACCCCGACACCUCCAGCUACGCCCGCGUGACCUCCCUCUUCUACGAGAGCAAGCGCGAGGCCGCGCAGUUCAUCGCCUGCGUCAGCAACCUCCAGAAGUCGAUGCACGCGUUGGCGUCGGCGAGCCCCGUCUCCGACGAGAGGCUGGUCCACGCCCAGUUCCUGAUGGAGAUCGCCAUGAAGCGGCUCCAGAAGGAGUUCUACCAGAUACUGUCCCUGAACCGGGCCCACCUCGAUCCCGAGUCGGUCUCGGCCCGGUCGUCCCGCACCUCCGCGCGUUCCAGCACCUCCGACUACAGCGACGACGGCAACGGCGACGAGGCGUGCGCCGCACAGGACACCAUCACCGAGGUGGAGGAGGCCUCCACGGCCGCGAUGUCGGACCUCCGGUCCAUCGCCGAGUGCAUGAUCGCUUCCGGCUACGGAAAGGAGUGCGUCGCCAUUUACAAGAUCAUCCGGAAAUCGAUCGUGGACGAGGGGAUUUACCGGCUCGGCGUGGAGCGAAUGAGCGCCUCGCAGGCCGCGAAGAUGGACUGGGACGUGCUCGAGAUGAAGGUCAAGAACUGGCUGGAGGCGGUGAAGAUCGCGAUCCGGACCCUCUUCACCGGCGAGAGGAUCCUCUGCGACCACGUGUUCGCGGCAUCCGACACGAUUCGCGAGUCCGUCUUCUCGGAGAUCUCGAGGGACGGGGCGAUGCUCCUAUUCGGAUUCCCCGAGCUCGUCGCGAGGAGCAAGAGGUCGCAAGAAGAGAAGAUGUUCCGCCUCCUCGACAUGUACUCGGCAAUCUCCGAGAACUGGCCGGAGAUCGAGUCCAUCUUCGCCUUCGAGUCGACUUCCGCCGUCCGGUCUCAGGCGAUCUCCUCGCUGGCUCGCAUCGGGGAGUCGGCCCGCGCCAUGCUCUCUGAAGUCGAGGCGGCCAUCCAGAAGGACUCGCCGAAGUCGUCGCCGCUGGUCGCUGGCGGCGGCGUCCACACCCUGACGGUGCGCGUGAUGAACUACCUCGCCCUCCUCGCCGACUACGGUAGCAUCGUCGUCGACAUAUUCGCCGUCUGGCAGGGUCCGGCGAAGCCGUCGCUGCCGGAGUUGUACUUCGACAUGUCGCCGGAGUCCGACGACGCCCCGGCGGUCUCGCUCCGGCUGGCGUGGCUGAUCCUCGUCCUCCUCUGCAAGCUGGACGGGAAGGCGAAGCGGUACAAGGACGUCGCGACGUCCUGCCUCUUCCUCGCGAACAACCUUCAGCACGUCGUCUCCAAGGUCCGGGCGUCGAACCUGCAGGACCUGCUCGGGGAGGAGUGGGUCGCGAAGCACGAGAGGAAGGUGAAGCAGUUCGCGGGGAAGUACGAGCGGCUGGCGUGGGGCCAGGUGUUCGCAUCGCUGCCGGAGGGCUCGUCGCCGCCGCCGCCGUCGCCGGCGCAGGCGCAGGAGCGGUUCAGGCGGUUCAACGCGAGCUUCGGGGAGGCGUACCGGAAGCAGGGCGAGAGCGUCGUGCCGGAUCCGAAGCUCCGGGAGGAGAUCUUGGGUUCCGUCGGGGGAAGGCUGGUGCCGGCGUACCGGGAGUUUUACGAGGCGCACAGGCCGGCGAUAGGGAGGGAGAGGAACGCGGGGCAUUUUGUCCGUUAUGCCCCUGAGGAUCUGCAAAAUUACCUGUCGGAGCUGUUCUGCGGGACGGGCGGCGAUCUCGGGAGCACGUCGUCGACGUUGUCGAACCGGCGCCUAUCAUGGUCUCGUUGAGAAGAAUUUUUUUUUUUUUUUUGUACUCCUUUACUUUUUAUUUUCCCUAUACUUUUCUUCGUAGUAAAAUAUUGUGAAUGAAAUACUUAGACAGCAGUAGAGUGAAAUAACUGUCGACGAUCGAGAUUCGCAAAUGUUUGUAAGUUAUUAAUAUUUGAGUUUGAUCAGAUUAGGGAUGGUGAGGCGGGGA